GUCCAGGUGACCGAGGUGAAGGACCGGGUGGUGCUGCUGGCCCGGCUCUGCCCGCGCCUCUACAACAGCCGCGCCUCGGUGCUGCUGCGGUACUGCGUCCGCCAGAGGCCCUUCCGCAUCGUGUUCGACGUGCUGAUCGUGGUGAACGCAGUGCUGAUCGCUGUCGACGAGGACGCGGCCGAGUGGGCCUUCCUCAGCUCUUCAUGCUGGAGAUCCUGCUGAAGAUGUACACGUUCGGCUUUAGGGAGUUCUUCGACCGCCUCUGGAACCUUUUCGACUUCGCCGUGAUUGGAGGAGCCUUCAUCAUCUCCAUCGCCCGGUUGGCCAUCGGAGUGGAAGCUGAGCGGAACCGUCUGGUGUUGGACGUGCUGCUACUGUUCCGGGUGCUGCGCGUGGUGAAGCUGAUGGACAGCGUGGCCAUCUUCCGCGUGGUGCUGCGGACCAUCGCCAGCUUUAGUCGCUCGAUCGUCACCUACUGCGGCGUGCUGUUCUGCCUGUUCUACUUCUUCGCGCUGCUGGGUAUGGAGCUGUUCGCGGGCCGCGUGCAGACAGCGCCGUUCGGGCCCGGCCUACCGACUGGCUGCGGGGACCGGCGGCUCCAACACACCGACUUCGGCCGGCUCCAGUACUGCGCCAACAACUUCAACUCGCUGCCGUCGGCACUGGCCGUGCUUUUCGAGCUGAUGGUGGUCAACCAGUGGCACGUGAUCGCCAACGGCUUCUCGGCCGUCAGCUCGCGCUGGGCGCGCCUCUACUUCGUAGCCUUCCACCUCUGCUGCGUCGUGCUGGUGCUCAACAUAUUCACGGCGUUCAUUCUGGAGGCGUUCCUGCUGGAGUUCACCACCGAGCGGACCACCACCGAGAGCAAGGUGGAGCAGCAGAUCAGCGAGCUGGGCCUCGGCCUCGGCAGCCGUCUGCAAGAGCCGCCACGAAGCUCGCCGGCCGAGCAGGACGCCGCCGAGGCCGGCAGCCCGUACCGCACGCUGGUGGACAGCGACGAGCUGGACGCCGACCACGACCGGCGGCCGAGCGGGCCGGCCGGCGCGCACGACCUGUCGGCCACGACCGGCGUCCGCUUCCACAUCGGCACCGGUCCGCGGAGCGUCGAGGUGCUCCUGCAGCGCAUGUUCGAGUCGGACGAGACGCGCUCCUGGCCCGAGCCCGCCCCGGUCGCCCAGUGAAGUCUGCCGGGGGCGCCGGCUGAGCGCGGCACCGCACGUCACGGCCGCCCGGUCGAAGUGUGAGCGCGUCUCUGCCACUCGAGGCAUGGGUUGCCGCGUGGUUUGCGCUUCGGCCGGAUGUGCGUAACAGUCACCAAAGCGCUAUUCUUCGGUGGUCGAGGUGAAACGUGCGACCUCGAUGUAAUUCUUGAUUUCCGCCCGGAAGGCGGCUUUUUUGGCAUCUGGUUUGUAUACAACGAUGGGUCUGAACUUUAUAUGUGCGAGUUUAGUGUAAGUGCGUUUGUUUAAUGACGAUCGCUGUAUACCGCGUGCACGAGCGCGGCAAAUAAGCUUUACUCUGGGAAUGUUUAAUGAUGGUGCGUUUUUGUUUGGUCUCAAGGUCUGGACAACAAGGUCUCCGUAACCCUGACAAUAUGAUUCCUUUCUAUGACAAAACGCCAUUGAAGCCCGCUCAGCGCUCAGAUCUGACUGAAAGGCGUGCUGUGCUACGUAUUUAUGCCCCGAUGUGAAGCUCUCGUAUGCAUCGCAACGGUAUUCUGAGUGGCGGCCCGAAACCGCUCGGAAAAACCCACCUACGGGAUAAACUGGCGAUGGCUCUGUGUUACGUUGUCGGCGGGGUGCGGUAUCUGCCGCAUAGCGGAGCAGCUGGCCGGUAGUCCGGGGUCCCGGGGUCCGUGUCCAGCGAGGCAGCGACCCCGCCGGGCCCCUGCCCCCCCCCCCCCCCUCCCGCGGAGGCUGACGCGGGCAUUCGCGCACUUGCUCAUGUACUCUGGGACGCGGCCGCCGCCGCGUGCGUCACCGCCGUGCCGCAUCAAGGAAAGAUCGCGCGCGCGCGCUGCAGCGCCACGUAUCGUGCUGUUUGUUAACAGGUGUGUUAUCGGUGUACAGUGCUGGACAGACGUGCCAUUUUGUUUACCUAUGGCUCACUUGUGGAUAUAGUGUGGGUGAUGUUUACUCCGUACCGCUUCAGAAUUCGCAAAGUUCGGAAUAACCGCGGCUGCGGCCAAUGUACUCUGCGUUGCCCCCUCAUAUGGCACGCCAUGACUGUUCUGAUAUAACUGCGUCACACUUCGCACCUUGCUGCUGGUGCACAGGCUGGCAGGGCCGCCGGCCACAACCGUUAUACUCAACUUAUUCCAGACGGUCGCUUUGUAGACGGCUGGGAUGUCCCGUACUUAAUAUUAACGGCUGCGUGAAAUGGCGAUGUUAACGAACAUGUUACGAUAGCCCAGGGGGGCGAUGUCGCGUUAAUCGCAAUUUUGUUAAUAAAAAUGAAGCAUGA